AUGGCGGUCAAUUACCGUCUUCUCGACCUGAACUCCCAGAUGUUCGCGGCUGUUCACAAGGCUGGAGCACGGGACUCCUGGGCGACGGCGGUUCGCGUCUAUGCGAGCGACGGCGGGUUCGUUGCAGAGAAACGGCGGAGGCGGCCGAGAGGAGUAACGGCGUGGGUUGGUUGGGGACUCUCUGCUGCACCGCCGCUAAGUAGGGCUGUUCGCGGACAGGGAGGACGCGCAAACGGCGGGGAUGCACGGCGGAGGCUGGCCGGAGAAUCGCCACUGGGCCUGACGACGGGGUACGGCGGAAAGGGCUCGCGUGACUGGAAAUCUGCUCGAACGGAGAGUCGCCGGGGAAUUGUCGUGGAGUGGCGGGCCUGCCGUGGAAACAGAGGUUGGUGGGUCGCGUCUUCUCGAUCUGAAUGGAUCGAAAUCAGACAGAGACCGAUAUCAUUUCUCGCGUACGGCUGA